AUUUACACCUAAUCGAUCGAACUGUGUUCUGCGGGUGGAUGUAAGGAAAUUUCAUUGCAUUCUUGUGCAGAACUGUGACGAAGAGCCGACGAAUAAGCCUUGUGGCAAUGAGUCGUUCACCGCAGCAACAUCGAGCGCCGCACCACCUGAACCCGGUGCGGACUCGGCUCAUGGAGGACAUACGAACGGUUGAUCGAAGUGCUCCCCGGUCGGCCGGACCAUCCGGUAUCAUGUCCCUGAUAAACCGGAAGGCCAACCCGGAGUACAAUCGGAAGCGAAUAUGGCAAGAGCUGAACAUGCCAACCGAGUGCGAUUUUUUGGGUCCAAAUGUGUUCAAUCUGCCGGACCGACUGUUGAAGCACAGCUCAAAGAUGCGUCCAUCGCCGCUGUCAAAGCCGCGCCCCGAUAAGGGUCCGGCGAAGAAGAAAAUCAGGUCGUACACUGCGCUACGCAAGGAUCGCGAGGAAUUUCGAAAAAAGUUGAUUAAGCUCAUCGUGCGAAAGGAUUUUGAGAAGGACGAUGAAGCGAAUACGUUUCCAAACGUGGAAGAACGGGAGCUGCUCAGAUAUUACCACUACAUUAGACAUGGUAUCGAUACGGUGCACGUUGCACCAAUCGAUAAGCGUGUCCUGCAACGCAUUUUGAAACUCAUACCGAAGAACUUGGUCAAGUACAAGGAUGCACUGCGAACAAUAUUUGAUGAAAUCAAAGACGAUUACUCGUUUGCCGUAAAGAAGGCAGUGGUAGAUUUUGUUUUAGGUGACGCCAUGACCAAAUACAUGAAGAAGGAUGACAUAACGGCGGCCCGAUUGGAGAUCAAAGACUUGAAGCUAAAAUGGAAGCAUCGAUAUGACGAAAAUCGUGUCAAAAUCAAAAGAAAUCUCUUUUCGAUUAAUGCCUGCUCGGAGCAAGUAUUGGAACUGUGGGACACUACGUUCAAAAACUUGCUUCUGGUGGAUGUUAAGCAGCUAAUCGCUAAGAAUCAAGCAUAUGAUUUGACGGAAUUUACGUCUACAGUGAAUCAACAAAUCGAUGAAGCGAAAAUUACGUUAAAUGAGAAGUGGUACGGAGCGAUCAAAAAUAUUUUCAAUAAAGGUGUUAAGAAGAAGUUGAUUCCUGAUGAGGCCGUUAAACCUAAGAUGCUGAAAAAGUUUUUCAAUUCUCUGGCCACGCUCAUGACUCGUCAACUGCAGAACUUAUGCGUUAAUAGCGUACAAGCUUAUACCGAUUACAUUUGUGACGUCGGGAAAACGAAUCAAGGAUUUCGAUUAACAAUUCUGCUGGAAAAUCAGGAUACCCUUUCGUUUAUUCCAAGCUUCUCGAGGUUUCAAGUCGAAAUUGUUAAGGUGAUCGAUAACAUUGUCAAAGCUGUCAAGAGUUUCAAGCGGAUUGAGAGGCAAUUGAGGCCAAACUUUCCUUGUCCGGAUCCCAUGUUGAAGCCGGAGAUAUCCAGUGAAGUAAUAAAUGAGUGCAAGUUGCGCAUCUACGACAUUCUCGAGGAACAACGAAUCGGGCCAGAACUGCGAAUGCAAGAUUUCGACAAGUAUAUGACCUUGAUGAAUGGUACCGACAUUGACGAGAUCGAACGUUUCAUGGAAAAGCGUCCAAGCUUCGAGGAGUACUGCAAGUACAUUCAGCGCUACAAACAAAUGGAAGACAACGUGGCCAAAGAGAUCUACGGCGUUAUGUCGAUGGGUUUCUACGAGUUUCAUCGUGAGGGACUAAUCGACACGCUGGAAGGUUUGGCUAAAUUCAUGCAGCAGGAAUUGAUUUCAAAGAUGACGGCGGACCAGCAAAGUGCUGCCUCUCAGCUGGCUCAAGACUAUGAGGUGAUCGCCACAAAAGUCUUAACCAUUCCGAAAGAUACCGUCGAGUUGAUGUCGUUAAAAUCCUAUGCCAUUAAGAUGGAAGAGACAACUAUCCCAGAGAUGGAAGAAAGGCUGAAGAUCAAUUUGAGUCAUCUUCUGUAUUUGACUGAUUACACUAUCUUCACACCGCUGGAAAUAAAACAGAACAACAAUACUUUUCAAUGGUACAUGAAGAUGGCAACGAUUUUCCAAGAUCACAAGAACAUCAUCGCGGAAAAAGUGGUGGAAUACCAAGAUUCGCUGAAGCGAAGAAUUGAGAACUUUCGCCGUGACUUGGAGAUCUAUUGGGGUCAAGUAAAAGAAUAUGACUCGUGGGGAGAGAUCAAGAAUCUGCAAAAGUACAAAAAGAAAGCCACUGGUCUUCAUAAUAAGCUGGUCUCUGCGAUGGAAAAGAUCGACCACAUAAACGAGGAAGAAAUAGCGUACGGCUGGGAGUUGUCUCAAUAUCCGCUUCGCAAGCAGUGUCAUGACAAACUCACUCCGUACAAGAGUUUGUAUGACGCUGGCCAAGAAUUUAUGGAUAAACAUGAUCUGUGGAUGCAUUCGCAAGUCGGUCUGCACGAUCCGGAACAAGUGGAAGAAACUGUUGGUAGCCUGUACCGAACAGUUUACAAGUUAGAAAAGAAGUUUUCAGAUUCAUACCAAACUCAGCGAUUGGCGCAUGACAUUAAGACACGUAUUGACCAGUUUAAAACUCAUCUUCCAAUAGUGCAAACCUUAGGUAACCCCGGAAUGAAAGAACGUCACUGGGAGCAAGUUUCCGAAAUUAUUGGAUUCCCCAUAAAGAUUGCACCAGAUCUGACGUUGGAGAAGGUAAUCGAUUACGGUUUGGAUGAUUAUAUCCAAAGAUUUGAAACCAUUUCUGAGAGUGCAACCAAGGAAAACAAUUUGGAGAAGGCUAUGAUUAAAAUGGUUAACGAGUGGAGCGAUAUGGCGUUUGUGGUGAUGCCAUACAGAGAUACAGGAACCUACAUCUUGUCGGCGGUUGACGACAUUCAGGUGUUGCUUGACGACCAUAUAAUCAAAACGCAAACCAUGAAGAGUUCGUUGUACAUAAAACCAUUUGAAGCAGAUAUUCUGGCGUGGGAAAAGAAGCUAAUGCUUUUGCAGGACAUAUUGGACGAUUGGCUUAAGGUGCAAGCGACAUGGAUGUAUUUGGAGCCCAUAUUCUCCAGCCCCGACAUUCAAUCUCAAAUGCCUGAAGAAGGUCGGCGCUUCAGCGCCGUGGACAAAAUCUGGAAAGAUCUGAUGAAGAACGUGUAUGCCGACACCAAAGUCCUAGCGGUCCUUGAAAUAGACAAAAUGUCGGAGAAAUUGAAGAAGUCGUACAGCCUUCUGGAGAUCAUUCAGAAGGGUCUCAACGAGUAUCUGGAGAAGAAACGUCUCUACUUCCCACGGUUCUUCUUCCUCUCCAACGACGAACUGCUGGAGAUUCUGUCGGAAACAAAGAAUCCUACCCGUGUGCAACCACAUCUGAAGAAGUGCUUCGAGGGUAUCGCCACGCUGCACUUCACGGAAUCGCUUGAUAUUACCAUGAUGCGAUCGAGUGAAGGCGAAGAAGUCCAGCUGGCUGACGAGGUGUCGACCAGCAAAGCCAAGGGUCAGGUGGAGAAAUGGCUGCUGGAUCUGGAAAAAUCGAUGAAGAAGAGUGUUCACAUCAAGAUUGAUGAGUCGUACGAGUCCUACACAAAGACGCUUCGACAUGAGUGGGUCUUAAUGUGGCCAGGACAAUGCGUGCAAAGUAUUUCGUGUGCCUUCUGGACGCUUGAGGUCACUCUGUGUUUUGACAGCGCCGAUCCAUUGGAAGCCCUUGAAGAGUACAAGGACACCUGCAAAACUCAAAUAUCGCACAUAGUGGACCUGGUUAGGGGAAAGCUAGCCCUGCAGAACAGAAUAACUCUUGGUGCUUUGAUUGUGUUGGAUGUUCAUGCUCGAGAUGUUUUAACGGAACUGAUAAAUACUCACACCACCAAAUCAGACGACUUCACCUGGCUAGCUCAACUUAGAUACUACAUGGAAGAGAAGAACCUUUCAACCAGGAUGAUCAACUCUACCCUCAAGUACGGCUACGAAUAUCUGGGUAACACUUCUCGAUUGGUGAUUACUCCCCUCACUGAUCGGUGCUUCCGAACUUUAUUCGGAGCGCUGCAUCUUCAUUUGGGAGGAGCUCCAGAAGGGCCCGCAGGAACCGGCAAAACCGAAACCACAAAAGAUUUGGCAAAAGCAGUCGCCAAACAGUGCGUCGUGUUCAACUGUUCUGAUGGGUUGGACUACAUCGCACUGGGCAAGUUCUUCAAAGGAUUGGCAUCCUGCGGUGCAUGGUCCUGCUUCGAUGAGUUCAAUCGAAUCGAUCUGGAAGUGCUGUCUGUCGUAGCUCAGCAGAUUUUGACCAUUCAACGAGGUAUCAAUUCCGGCUCCCCUACACUGAUAUUCGAAGGAACCAGUCUUACUUUGGAUCCAACAUGUGCCGUAUUUAUAACAAUGAAUCCAGGCUAUGCAGGGCGCUCAGAACUUCCCGAUAAUCUGAAGGCACUGUUCCGAUCAGUCGCUAUGAUGGUACCGGAUUACGCGCUUAUAUCCGAGAUUGAACUUUAUUCGUACGGUUUCCUGAAUGCAAAACCACUGGCCAUCAAGAUAGUGGCAACAUACCGUCUGUGUUCUGAACAGUUAAGUUCUCAACCGCACUAUGACUAUGGAAUGCGGGCGGUCAAGUCUGUACUGAAGGCGGCUGGAGCGUUGAAACUCAGGUAUCCCGAUGAACUCGAGGAUAUUCUGGUGCUGAGAUCUAUCAAGGAUGUCAACUUGGCCAAGUUUUUGAAUCAGGACGUCCCACUGUUCCAGGGGAUAAUAUCGGAUUUGUUCCCUGGAGUUGUUCUGCCGGAACCGGACUAUGUGGUGUUCAAUGCGGCCGUGCAAAAGGCUUGCGAGCACAACAACAUGCAGUGUACCCCGUUCUUCCUCGAAAAAGUACAGCAAUUGUACGAGAUGAUUGUCGUGCGGCAUGGUUUGAUGCUUGUUGGACCUCCGUUCGGUGGGAAGACUACAGCUUACCGAAUGCUAGCCGAAGCCUUAUGCUACAUAGAAGAACAGGGAGAGAUGGACGAACAUAAAGCUCAUUACACUGUAAUUAAUCCGAAAGCGAUCACAAUGGGACAGCUGUACGGCCAAUUUGAUUCAGUUUCCCACGAAUGGAGUGAUGGCAUUUUGGCGGUCAGUUACCGACAGUUCGCCGUCAGUACGACCCCUGACAGAAAGUGGCUGAUAUUUGAUGGACCAGUAGAUGCAGUUUGGAUCGAGAAUAUGAACACCGUACUGGAUGACAACAAGAAGCUCUGCUUGAUGUCCGGAGAAAUAAUCCAGCUAGCGCCGACAACGAACUUAAUAUUUGAAGUUAUGGACUUGGAUGCUGCGUCACCUGCGACCGUAUCACGAUGUGGAAUGAUCUAUCUGGAACCAAGCACACUGGGAUGGGAACCUCUUCUAGAAUCUUGGAAAAACACUCUGCCACCAGUGCUUCACUCGGUUAACAAACAAGUAAUAACGCAGAUGUUCAUGCGAUUUUGUCCCAUUCUCCUGUGGUUCGUUCGCAAGGGUGGGGUAAGAGAGAUGAUGCCAACUUCCGACUCGAACCUGGUGAAGUCGGUGAUGAAUCUUUUUGACUGUUUCAUGGAUGACUAUCGGAACGAGACCUACAUGAAAACGGUGACCGAAGUGGACGUACGAGCACAGCUAGAAGGUGUGUUCUUCUUUUCCUGCAUUUGGGCUAUAGGAGGACCGCUAGAGACAGAAAGUCGAGAGAAAUUCAGCGAAUUGUUCCGUGCUUUGACGGAAAAAGUGUUUCCACCGGAAAUCAACGAUAAGUUCCAUAUCCCUCCAAGUAUUCAAGUUCCGAAUUUGACCAAACCAUUCAUAUUUCAAAUACCGAAAGGGGGCACUGUAUUCGAUUACCACUUUACCAAAGAAGGCAAAGGAAAAUGGCGUCCAUGGGCUGAAGAAAUCGGACAGACCAUCAACAUUCAGCGAGACAUGCCAGUAAAUCAGAUAAUAGUCCCUACUGUUGAGACUAUAAGAAUAACGGCGCUUCUUGAGCUGCUUGUUCAACAUGGAAAGUACUUAUUGUUAGUGGGCCCUACCGGAACAGGAAAAAGUGUUUACACGAUUGACUUCUUGCUGAAGCGAAACGAUACCAACGUGUACAAACCCCUGUUGAUCAAUUUCUCGGCCCAAACUUCUGCCAACCAAGUACAGGACAUCAUCAUGUCAAAACUAGAUAAGCGACGAAAAGGUGUCUACGGGCCUCCACUGGGGAAGAAAUGCGUCGUGUUUAUCGAUGAUGUUUCUAUGCCCCUGAAGGAGACCUACGGGGCACAGCCACCGAUUGAGAUUGUCCGAAUGUUCCUAGAUCACGCCAUAUGGUACGACAGAAAGGAAGUUGUUCCCAUGAAGUUGGUUGACCUACAAUUGAUGUGCGCUAUGGGUCCACCAAGCACUGGCAAUACAGUUACUCCACGAUUCUCCAGACACUUUAACGCUAUUUCUUUGGAUGAGUUCGAUGAUGCCACGUUGACUGGUAUAUUUAGCAAGAUCGUGUUGUGGCAUUUGGAUACAAGAGGAUUUUCGAAGGAGUUUGACCCAUGCAUUGACGAAAUCGUAUUAUCCACGUUACAAAUCUACAGGGAGGCUCGCAAAAAAUUGCUCCCCACGCCAGCCAAGUGUCACUAUUUAUUCAACCUACGUGAUUUCUCCAGAGUGAUACAGGGUGUGCUUCUGUCAGUUCCAGAGGGAACGGAGAGUCUCAACUCGAUUCGAAGAAUGUGGGCCCAUGAAAUUAUUCGCGUGUAUGGCGAUAGGCUGGUCGACGAUGGUGAUCGCGAAUGGCUGUUUAACGAGCUGUGUGCAGUAAUUGAGAAGUAUAUGCAUGAGGAUCCUAAGGAUCUGUUUGACAGAUUUGUUGAGGGUGGUCAGUUGAAGGAACAACAUCUACGUGGAUUGAUGUUCUGCGACUUUACAAAUCCGAAGGCAGACACGAAACUGUACUUGGAGGUACAAGAUAUGGAAGAUCUUGGUUUUGUGGUGGAAUCAUAUAUCGUUGAGUACAACAAUAUGUCUAAGAAGCCGAUGACCCUUGUCCUGUUUCGAUUUGCCAUCGAACACUUGUCCAGAAUAUGUCGGAUUAUCAAGCAGCCACGAAGCCAUGCGUUGUUGGUCGGAGUAGGGGGUUCUGGCCGACAGUCUUUGGCUAGAAUUGCGUCACACAUUUGUUCAUACGAAUUAUACCAGGUGGAAAUAUCGAGACAAUACGGAAUGACAGAAUGGCGCGAAGAUAUGAAAAAUUUGCUGAAGAAAGUGGUUUCAUCCGAUCAACACAUCUGCUUCCUUUUCACGGAUACACAAAUAAAGGAAGAGACGUUUUUAGAAGAUAUAAAUAAUUUACUAAAUUCUGGUGAAAUACCAAACCUUUUCACAAAUGAGGAGAAAUCUGAGAUAAUCGAAAAAAUGAGACAGCUUGAUCGUCAAAAAGAGAAAUCUCAGCAAACUGAUGGAAGUCCUGUUGCAUUAUUUAACCUCUUUGUAACGAUUGUCAGAGAUCAAUUACAUAUGGUGAUAUCAAUGUCUCCUAUUGGGGAUUCUUUCCGAAACCGUGUACGAAAAUUCCCCUCAAUUGUUAACUGCUGUACUAUCGAUUGGUUUCAACCAUGGCCCAAGGAUGCUUUGGUCGCCGUGGCUACCAAAUUUCUGUCUACCGUCGAAAUGCCCGAAAAUGAGCGCAACGUGUGCAUCGACAUGUGCAUGGAAUUCCAUACAUCUACCCAGGAGCUGUCGGAUGAAUUCAUGAUUCGGUUGAACCGUCAUAACUACGUGACCCCUACCUCUUAUCUAGAACUAAUCCAUACCUUCAAGACGUUGUUGGACAAAAAGAGAACGGACGUCCUAACCGGCAAGAAUCGUUACUUGACAGGGCUUAAACAGCUGGAGAUUGCAGCCCAACAGGUCGGGGUGAUGCAGGAACAGCUGGAGGCUGUACAGCCGCAGUUGAAGAUUGCUGCUGAGACAGUGGCCCAACAGAUGGCCAAAGUUCAAGCAGACAGUGAGGCUGCGGCCGUACAGAAGGAACUAGUCAAGAAGGACGAAAUUGUCGCGCAGGAAAAGGCUGCCGCUGCCAAUGCGAUCAAGGAGGAUUGUGAUGCCAAAUUAGCAGAUGCGAUGCCAAUUUUGAACACAGCUCUUGCGGCGCUGAACACUUUAACUGCGGCAGAUAUAACCAUCGUCAAAACGAUGAAAAGUCCACCAAUAGGAGUAAAGAUUGUCAUGGAGGCAGUUUGUAUCUUGAAGGACUUGAAGCCGGAUCGUGUUCAGGCCCCGUCUGGAAUGGGUAUGGUGGAGGAUUACUGGGGUCCAGCAAAGAAGCUUCUGGGUGAUAUGAAAUUUUUGGAAGGACUGAUGAACUUUGAGAAGGACGACAUCCCUCCAAGAGUCAUUCAGAAGCUGGAGGAACGAAUUUUGAGCAAUGAAAAUUUCGAUCCUGAAAAGGUUAAGACGGCUUCCACUGCUUGUGAAGGACUGUGCAAGUGGGUGAUUGCGAUCGUCAAAUACGACAAAGUGGCCAAAGAGAUAGCUCCUAAAAAAAUUGAACAGAGAGAAGCCGAGGCAAAAAGCGAUGCAGCGGUUGCAUUAUUGAAUGAAAAGUUGGAGCAGCUGGCAAUUGUGGAAGAGAGUUUGGCUGAAUUGCAAAGAAAGCUGGAUGAGCAGGUUCAACAGCAUGCCAAGUUGCAAGCAAAUGUGGAGUUGUGCAUGAAAAAGUUGGAACGUGCAACUGAAAUCAUAACUGGUUUAGGAGGCGAAAAGGAUCGAUGGGAACAAGCCGCAGAAAACUUGGGUCAUGUGUACGACAACUUGACAGGAGAUGUCCUCAUAGCGUCUGGUGUAGUUGCUUAUCUAGGCCCAUUCACGAUACAGUUCCGGGCACAGCAGAUCAAACGGUGGAUAAGUAGUUGUAUAACCAGGAAAAUAGUCUGCUCGCAAGAUUUUCAGCUGGCGAAUGUUUUGGGUAAUCCGGUAGAUAUACGAGCUUGGAAUAUAUUUGGAUUGCCAAGCGAUCCGUUUUCCAUUGAGAGUGCGAUAAUUAUCCAUAAUGGUCGUCGUUGGCCGCUGAUGAUUGAUCCACAAGGACAAGCAAACAAAUGGGUUCGAAAUAUGGAGAAAGCCAAUCGCAUUUGUAUCAUUCGGUUUAAUCAGCCAGAUUAUACGAGAGUAUUGGAAAAUGCAAUUCAAUUUGGGUUACCCGUACUACUCGAAAAUGUCGGAGAAGAAAUAGAGCCGCUGUUAGAACCCAUCUUGCUAAAACAAAUUUUCCGACAAGGUGGAACCAUGUGUAUCAAGUUGGGCGAUUCCAUUAUUGAGUAUAAUGAUUCUUUCAAGUUUUAUAUAACUACAAAACUACGGAAUCCACAUUACUUACCGGAGAUUGCUGUCAAGGUAACGCUGUUGAACUUCAUGAUAACCCAAACUGGCUUGCAAGAUCAGCUUCUAUCGAUUACGGUUGCCAGAGAACGUCCUGACCUGGAAACAGAGAAGAAUGCCCUUAUUGUGCAAGGCGCAGAGAAUAAGCGCUUGCUGCAGGAAAUAGAAGACAAAAUCCUGCAAGUUCUCAGCUCUGAAGGAAAUAUUCUUGAAGACGAAUCGGCUGUGUCGGUCCUAAGUUCUUCGAAGACGCUAGCCAAUGAAAUCAACGAAAAGCAGAUAAUUGCCGAAACGACUGAACGUCAGAUCGAUAUAGCCCGGUUGCAGUACACGUCGAUCGCCGCUCACUCGACGAUUCUGUUCUUUACGAUUGCAGACCUGGCAAACAUCGAUCCGAUGUAUCAGUACAGUCUAAAUUGGUUCGUCAAUUUGUUCACGGCAGCGAUCGAUAACACCGAAAAGGUUGACGAAGUCCCGGCCCGGUUGGAGGAUCUUAGGACCUACUUCACCUACAGUCUGUAUGAGAAUAUUUGCAGAAGUUUAUUUGAGAAGGAUAAGAUUUUGUUUUCGCUACUGCUCACCACAAAUCUGCAGUUCGAACGGGGCGAAAUCGAUCGGACAGAAUUCAUGUUCUUGCUAACCGGUGGUGUAGGUUUGGAUAAUCCAGACGCGAACCCAGCCGAAUGGUUGCCUGGCAAUUGCUGGGAUGAAAUCUGCCGGCUCACAGCAUUUAAUAGCUUCAAAGGCUUUAAAGAGCAUGUCGUUGGUAAUUUGAGACGUUGGAAGGCUUUGUUCGAUGACGAUACCCCAGAAUGUGCUGAGCUUCCUGAGCCAUGGAAGUCGAACUUAACCCCUUUCCAGAAACUGCUUGUUCUAAGAUGCUUCCGAUCGGAUAAAUUGGUUCCGGGAAUAGAGCUUUAUGUUGAAGGUAUCAUGACAAGAAAAUAUGUAGAACCUCCGCCGUUUGACCUAUCGGCAUCAUACGAUGAGUCGAACUGUUGCGUGCCUUUGAUAUUUGUUUUGACGCCGGGAGCGGACCCAACAGCGACACUACUUCGUUUCGCUGACACUCAAGGUCUUGGUUCGAACCGGCUUUUCUCGCUUUCUCUUGGGCAAGGUCAAGGCCCCAUCGCUACCAAAAUGAUCGAUGAGGGUACCAAAUUCGGUAACUGGGUACUACUUCAGAACUGCCACCUGGCACAAAGCUGGAUGCCGACGUUGGAGAGAAUUUGUGAGAGCUUUCAGCCCGACACAACCCAUCCGGAUUUCCGAUUGUGGUUGACGUCCUACCCUACGGAGCAUUUCCCGGUGGUUGUGUUGCAGAACGGUAUCAAAAUCACCAACGAACCACCAAAAGGGCUUCGAAUGAACAUAGUUCGGUCUUACAUGAGUGAUCCCAUUUCUAACGUGGAGUGGUUCGAGGCGUGUAAGCAAUCUGCGAAUUUCAAGAAGCUUCUUUUCAGUUUGUGUUUCUUCCACGGAGUCGUUCAGGAAAGACGCCAAUUUGGACCGAUAGGAUGGAACAUAUCAUAUGAGUUCAACGAAACUGACCUCAGUAUCAGCCUGACGCAGUUGCGUAUGUUUUUGGACGAAUACGAAGAAGUACAGUACGUUGCUUUGCGAUAUUUGACGGGAGAGUGUAACUAUGGUGGACGAGUCACGGAUGAUUGGGAUCGGCGCUGUUUGAAUACCACUUUGGCCAAAUUCUACAGCGAGAAGGUCCUGGACGAGGACGGUUAUAUUUUGGACGAGCAAGGGCUGUACAAGAUUCCGGAACUGAAGGAACACGAGGAAUUUAUGGCGUACAUCAAGGAGCUGCCGGUGAUUGCCAAGCCCGGUGUAUUUGGUCUUCAUGAAAAUGCGGAUAUAAUGAAGGAUCAGAAGGAAACCGAUUUGCUGUUGACGAACGCACUGAAGACACAGGAUCGAACGGAUCUCUACGAAAUGAAGCUUCUUGUGGAUCGUAAGACAACGUCAACGGGAUCCUUCCGGGAAACACCAGCGGAAAUAGUUAUCCGUGUGUCAACAGAUAUUCUACGGCGCCUACCGAAGGAAUUCGAUCGUGAUGCCACACUGGAAAAGUAUCCAACCAGUUAUCAUCAGAGCAUGAACACCGUUCUAGUGCAGGAGAUGGUGCGUUUCAAUCAAUUGCUCAUCUGCAUUCGUAGCAGCUUGACCACCGCCAGUAAGGCGAUGCAAGGGCUGGUGGCCAUGUCGCCGGACAUUGAAGAAGUGGUCGCGUCGGUACUGGUUGGACGUAUUCCAGCACUGUGGGCUAAGCGAUCCUAUCCCAGCUUGAAACCCUUAGGGAGCUACAUUAUGGAUUUCAUUUCGAGAUUGCAAUUUUUGCAACGAUGGUUUGAUGACGGACCACCCGUAGACUUUUGGAUUUCGGGAUUCUUUUUCACGCAAGCAUUCCUGACGGGAGCUCAGCAGAACUUUGCCCGGAAGUACGUAAUCCCUAUUGAUUUGUUGACAUUUGAUAAUACUGUGCUCACGGAGUCAGAGUUUGAGGAGCCACCGGCAGAUGGGGUUUACGUAUAUGGGUUGUUCCUGGAAGGCGCUCGAUGGGACAAGAAAAAGGGUUACUUGCAGGAGUCUUUCCCUAGAGUUCUGUACGACACAAUGCCUCAUCUUUGGAUGUUACCUUUGAAGAAGGAUGAUCUUGUUUUACGCCAUAGCUACGAUUGCCCCGUGUACAAGACUGCUGAGCGACGCGGCAUACUUUCGACAACUGGACACAGUACCAACUUCGUAGUUGCUCUUAAUUUAGACUGCGAUCCAUCGACUGAACCCGAACACUGGAUACGACGAGGAACGGCACUAUUGUGUCAAUUAAGUCAUUGAUCGGAAUUCCCUACAGUUUCUUUUUGAGUAUAUAUUUCUUGAUGUGGCGGUAUAGGUCACGACUUAAAACGAAAUUGUGUACAUUUAUUUCAUAAAAAAUAAAAUUUAACAUUUAUAA